AUGAGUUUUGGAUUCUCUGUGGGCGACAUAAUCGCUGUCGUGACACUGGCUAGCAAGAUCCGCAAGGACUUCAAGGGAGCACCUAAACAGUUCAAUAGUAUUAGCGAAGACAUCAGAUCGCUCUCCGUUGUCAUUCAAGAUGCCCACGCCAAUGUCGACCAGCUGGCUGAACAUCAAAUCACCAAUUUUGGCCAGAUUCUCACGACCUGUCACAAUCUUCUCCAAGAGUUGGAGAAUAUUAUGAGCAAGUGGAGCGUCAUCUCAAAGCCACGCAAAGGCAAGGCGGUACAGAGAUUAUGGAAGAGACUCAGGUGGGAGCCUGAGGAGAUCGUUCAUCUAAGAGCUCAGAUUACGUCUAAUGUUGUUCUCUUGAACGCCUACAACGACCAUGCGACAAAUUAUAACGUUGCAAAACUCGUUCGCCAGAAUGAGAGUGAUAAGCAACAAGCGAUUCUGGACUGGAUAAGCUCGAUCGACUAUAUUCCACAGCACAAUCACUUGGUCAGCCGACUGCAAGCAAACUCAAGAAGGUGGCUGUUCGACGCGGCUGAGUACCAGGAUUGGCAGAACCAAAAAGGCCGGGCCCUUUUCUGCCCGGGAGACCCAGGCACCGGCAAAACGUUCACUACAGCAAUUGUAUUUGAGACGCUACAGGAAAAGAUGCAGGACAGUCCGGAUAUUCUCAACGCUUACGUGUACUGCACGUAUCAAGCGCCGGAUCAAGACGUCCAGGGCCUGCUUCGCAGCUUGUUACGCAACUCUCUCCAGCAGGUUGCCACUAUCCCCGCAACUGUCCUCGCGCAGUGUGACCGGAAGCGGGCUGCUAAACAGGAUCUGUUUAGAGACGAGACAAUCAAGCUUCUGGAAACACUAUAUUGUUCCUUUGGUAGGGUAACCGUGCUGGUAGACGCUUUGGAUGAACUCCCGACAGAGGUGAAUCGGCCGUUCAUCUCAGCGCUCCUCAAACUACAAAAGUGUUGUCAGCUCAAUCUCUUCAUCACGUCACGCCUCAUUCCUGAGAUACAACAUCAGUUUGCCGAAAGUGGCGCGGCGAUAGUGGAGAUUCGAGCAAGCGACGAAGAUAUUCAUCAGUUCUUGGAAGAUUCAUUGUUUCAUUUGCCUAGGUUUGUUGGGAGAGAUACGGCUCUCCAAGCAGAAAUAGUCAAAGGGAUCACCGAAGCAAGUUCAGGGAUGUUCCUUCUUGCAGAAUUGCAUCUGCGGUCUUUGAAGCAUAAAAGGUCACCCAAGGCACUACGAUCAUCUCUUGCGAAACUGUCAGUUGGUUCAGAUGCCUACGAUGACGUAUACGAGAAUGCUAUGAUGAGGAUUGCUGGUUCCGGUAUGGAGUCAGAAGCACUUGCCAGGGAGGCUUUACUUAUACUAGUCUGUGCCCGGGAAACCUUGCAUACCGAAGAUCUGGCAUAUGCAUUAUCUGUCGAGUCUGACAGUGAAACCAUUGAUCCUGAUAACAUACCGGACAUUGAGGAUGUGGCAGGUGUAUGUGCUGGUCUCAUAACCAUCGACAAGCAAAGUAAUAUCGUCAAGCUCGUACACAAAUCGGCACAGGAAUAUUUCGAGCGCAACCAAGCCCGAUGGUUCCCAAAGGCCAGCGAAGUGAUGGCACGUCUUUGCCUCAAAUACAUGGCUCUCACCAGUCUGACAGCAGGGUUUGACAAAGGUAUUGAAGCAUCGUGGCCACCUUUCUGGAGAUACGCAGACAUCAAUUGGGCCUACCAUUCCCGUUGCGCUGAAAGAGAUGAUGACGCUCCUAAAGCGACAAACAACAACAUCGAGGAGAGUCAACCAUUAUCAACCCUACAUUCGCUGUCGACUUUGGCAAUCAGCCUUCUGGCGACAGAUAUGGCUGGAAGUUUACACUCUGCACUUGUGAAGGCUUGCCGAGAAGGAAGACAUGCCUUGGUAGAGCUUCUGAUCUCAGUCAAUAACUACGACUUGAAUCUUCCUUCAAGUCGGUCCUUUUCUACUUGCCAGAGUAGAUCUGCAGUUUCUUCUCCAGGGGAGUGUCAGACAUCAGAGGAUGAUGAUACAUGCUCAAAAUCAUCAUGUGAGUACGAGGCAGAAAGUGGAAGAGAAAUACCACUAUGGGCUCAUGAAAGAUUUUCAGACACUGGAUCAGAGAAGCGUUACGAUCAUGGUCCAGUUGUCAUAUCGAGCAAUCAGUGGGGCAAAAGUGACUCAGAUACGGAUUGGAUAUGGAAUUAUGGUUGGCUACCACGAAAUGACAGAAGAAGAUCUAAACUGCUGGAAGAUGAUCUCAUAAGAGAAGUUUCCCUACUUAUUAUAGCGGCUGCGAAUGGCGAUCAUGAUAUGGUCAGAGUCCUACUCAACAAUGGGGUAGACCCAAAUGUGGUUGGCACUUUGAACCAGACAGCCCUCUACAUCGCGGCCAGAAAGGGACACCAGUCCGUAGUGUCUCUUCUUCUUGACCAAUCUACGACCAACACAAAUUGCGAAUACAAGGGUUACACACGCCACGGCCUCGCAGAACAGCGGAGGGUAUGCUGGACACCACUUCUCGCCGCCGCCUAUCGUGGUCAUGCAGACUGUGUAAAACUGUUGCGGGACCAUGCAGAGAGAAAUUACAGGGAUGAAGAUGGGAGGGAUGCCACAUAUCUUGCCGCCGAAGCUGGACACACCCAGGUGCUCAAAGAGGUGCUGCGAUGGUCGAAUGUCGAACUCAAUUCUGCAGUACAUUCGCCUGGCCUCUCACCGUUGGAGAUAGCACUCGAGAAUGGCCAUGAUGACGCUGCGAUUGCUCUGAUACCUUAUUCCGACAUCAAUUCUAGUGGUUCGAAUGGGGAUCGACCACUAAAUCUUGCCGCCAAAGCCAUGAGCCUCGAAGCGAUUCGACAGCUCCUCGCCCAAAGAGAAAUAUGCGUUAACGCAGCAGGCUAUCGCGGUCAUACUGUUCUUCACAAUGCCGCUAUGGCCGGGCAUAAGAAAAUGAUUGAGCUCAUACUUAACCACCCCGAGAUUGAUAUCAACAUUCGCGACAACAAUGGCAACACACCCUUUAUGAAGCUUAUGCAAUUCUCAAGGACCAAGGGGAACAACUACUUGGGGUCAAUGGCUUUAUUCCUGUCAAGACCCGAGCUGGAUAUCAAUGCACAAAAUAAAAACGGCAAUACGGCCCUUCUCAUAGUUGCGUCGUUCAAAUUCUGGGAACAUCGGAAAGCGACCGAUGUAUUCAACACUCUGUUCGAUUACCCUGGUAUAAACAGGGAACACAAAAACAACCUUGGUCAAAGUAUUCUGGUUCGCGCCAUUGUGGAAGGAUCAAGAAUCAUACAAAGGAUUGUAAAGGAAACAGAACUAACACGACAGUUCGGAAUUAUCGAUGAUGAUGGUGAGACUUUACUCUCUCUAGCUGCUUCCAACUUCUGGCCUGAUGCUCUAUGGCGCUAUAUGGUAGAAAUGUCUCCUCCUGAGUUUAUGCAGCGUAAGAAUCGUGAGGGCCAAACACCAGGAGAGAUCCGCAAGGAAGCAUCUCAAAAUGGGCCUUGGGACUCAUGGAAGGAUCCUAGCAAGGCUUGGGAGACGCGGUGA